GGCACGAGAGAGAUCGAAUCAAACUGAGCCACUCCGGCGAUGGGCAACCCACCGCCGCUCCACGUCGCCGUCCUCCUCCUCCUCCUCGUCGUGCUGCCGGCGACGACCUUCGGGGCGGGCGGCGGAGGGGAGCCGCAGGAGGAGGAGUACCAGAUCCCCAGGGACGGGACGGUGCUGGAGCUGGACGACGGCAGCUUCGAGGCGGCGGUGCGCGCCGUCGACCUCCUCUUCGUCGACUUCUACGCGCCCUGGUGCGGCCACUGCAAGCGCCUCGCCCCUCAGUUAGAUGAAGCUGCUCCGGUGCUUGCUGGACUUGGCACGCCCAUCAUAAUCGCUAAGGUGAAUGCUGACAAGUACAAAAAGCUUGGGUCGAAAUACGGAGUAGAUGGGUUCCCAACUCUGAUGCUCUUUGACCAUGGAACCCCAACCGAGUACACUGGUUCAAGGAAGGCUGAUUUGCUCGUUGAGAACCUUAAGAAGAUUGUUGCACCUGAUGUUUCUGUUCUCGAAUCAGACUCAGCGAUCAAAAGCUUUGUUGAGGCUGCUGGCAUGGGCUUUCCUUUGUUUCUUGGAUUUGGGGUGGAUGAAUCAUUGAUUGUUGAAUAUGGAGCAAAAUACAAGAACAGAGCCUGGUUUUCUGUGGCAAAGGGUUUCUCCGAGGAUAUGAUGGUUUUUUAUGAUUUUGACAAGGUUCCAGCAUUAGUGUCUGUUAACCCAAAGUAUCAUGAACAAAGCAUUUUCUAUGGCCCUUUUGAUGACGGAGCCUUCUUGGAAGAUUUUAUACGGAAUUCCCUUGUGCCUUUAACUGUGCCCAUCAACAGAGAGACUGUCAAGAUGUUGGAUGAUGAUGGGAGGAAAAUUGUUCUUACAAUCUUAGAGGACGUUGAAUCAGACGAAAAUUCCCCGCGGCUGAUAAAAGUUUUGAGAUCUGCAGCCAGUGCAAACCGUGAUCUAGUGUUUGGUUAUGUUGGAGUCAACCAGUGGGAGGAAUUCACUGAGACUUUUGAUGUUUCAAAGAGCUUGGAGCUACCAAAGAUGAUAGUUUGGGACAAAAAGGAGGAGUACGAAACAGUUGAAGGUUCAGAAAGGCUUGAAGAAGGUGACUAUGGGUCGCAGAUUAGCCGUUUCCUUGAGGGAUACAGAGCAGGAAGAACAAUAAAGAAGAAAGUGGGCGGUCGAUCCCCAACCUUGCUUGGUGUGAAUGCGAUGUACAUUCUCAUCUUUCUGGUUGCUGUUCUUCUUGUUCUGAUGUAUUUCUCUGGGCAAGGUGAGGAAGAUCAACGGCCAAGACAACGAGCCCAUGAAGAUUGAAGCUGUACACUAGCUACUCCUGAAUGAUUUAGGUCAAGGAAUUCCUGAUGCAGCAGACCCCUCAGACUUGAAGGGUAUUUCUGAUUUUCUUGUGACAUGAGUUCCCAAUCCCAGUAUCUAUCCUUAGUUCUGAUUGUUGUCAAAUGUCAGCUAUCAACUCAUACACCUUUUUUUUGGUCUUAACGUGAAGAGAAUAGCCUACAGACAUUGUUUUAACACCACUUCCAACCUAGAAACAAUUUCAUUGAUUUUGCUUAAGGUCUCUAGGCUUGGUUUAUCAGUUUCAUUAUUCUUCUAAAUUGUACUGCAUUGAUCUGGACAUGCACCUGUGCUAUGUUCAUGUGUACAACAAGAACAAAUUAUAAGGAAAUCGACAGCUUUGUGUA